AUAAACCAACUGUAACCUCCCAAGAAGGUUAAUAAUCAUCUGUCAAAACAAGUUCUUUAAGGUCUCAAUCAGUUCCUUGACAUGAAUACAUUUUUGAAAAAAUAUUCUUAAGCGUCAACUUCAAAAGAAGAUGGACAAACUGACAGUCAUAUCAGGCUCCCUGUUUCUUGUUGCUGACAUAUUCGCGAUUGUGAGCUUGGCCACACCCGACUGGAUCAUCACUGAUGUUGGAGGUGAUACGAGGCUUGGUCUGAUGUGGACAUGUAUGACCGUAUACAACAGGCCGCAGGUUUGCUUCACACCCGACCUCCAACCCGAGUGGACAAUGGCCCUCAUAUGCAUAUUCAUCGGCUGUAUAUGCAUUACAACGACGAUCAUACUUUUGAUUACUUCACACUGGGACAGGAACGUCAUCCCUUAUGCUAGAUGGGUCGGCUUUACUGCAAUGGUGUUGUUUUGCUUAGCAGCUGUUCUAUUUCCGAUGGGAUUCCACAUAGAUGAAAUCGGAGGGCAGCCUUAUCAACUUCCGAACAGCCACCAAGUCGGUAUAUCAUAUAUUCUUUUCGUCCUCUCACUCUGGGUUACGGUGAUGUCGGAAUUGUUUGCCGGCAAAGUCUGCCUCCCACAUUUUUGAUUAGUUCUUCAUUUUAUCGGAUAAAUGUAACUCCCUUAAGAAAAUUUUUUUUUGUAUUUUCUACAAUGUAUAUAUAUCAAGUAACAGAGUAACUUAUUAAUUUGUAAAUAUUAAUUUCCAAUGUACAAACUAAUUUUCAUUUUUUAUAAACAAUUCCAUUAAAGUGACAAAUAUGUAUAUAUUUUAUUUAUAACUAUUUGUCUAUCUCUCACAACAUAAUAUCUUUUGAUCGAAAUUGAUUAAACUAAAGAAUCUCAUUUAUAAUUGUGGAUUUGUACAAAGUUUAUAUUCACUGUUGUAGACAAAUAAAUUUUUUUCCC